GUCAGAGAGGACCCGGUGCAGGAUGGCGAGGAAGCUGAGGCGGCAGAGCGGCUGCUUAGUUUUCUGAGAACGCUGUGCUCGCUGCGCACAACUUCUUACUGCAACGCGAACGCACCGCAGCUGAAUAUACACUGUGGACUUUUUCCCGAGGAGCAGAGAUGGCUACACUCAUUCAUUGUUUGUUUGUUUUUAUACAUUUUCUCUUUUUAUUGAAACAAACAUUUUGCAUGGAGCUCGAUUUCUUCACACCCGAGAGCGUGGAUCUCCAAGACGAUGAAAAGCAUCUGCAGGUGAAGGUUUUUCGAUUAACUGCGUUCAAACAGGAAUUUUACCUCAGACUCACACCGGAUUCUAGUUUUCUGUCUCCGGGCACCGUGGCCCCUGAGAGUGACCCUUUGGCACCUAACGCUUCUGAGGCGGCAGACCUCAGGGCAUGUUUCUACUCCGGAGAUGUCAACACAGACCCGGACUCAUUUGCCGCUGUCAGCCUGUGUAAAGGUCUCCAUGGAGGCUUCUCCUAUAAGGGAAUGGAGUAUUUCAUCAGUCGAAACGGGGCUGAAGACGCAGCCGUCGCGUCUGGAUACAGAAACUAUUUGGACAGGACGCAUGUCAUCCGCCGCCGGGGACGCACUGAUGCGCACUCGGGCCGCAACUUCACCAGCAGGUGUGGAGUGACACCUGAUCCCAGCUUCACCGUCUCCCUGGAGAAGUACAAGCAUGUGGGCGAACUAGAUAAUGAUGACUUCACUGAAACUGUGUUGAAAACCUUAGGCAGGUCAAAAAGGUUCGCCUCCACCCCCAGGUUUGUGGAGGUGCUGGUGGUGGCAGAUGAAUCGAUGGCUACAUUUCACGGGGAUGACCUGAAGCAUUAUCUUCUGACCCUGAUGUCAGUGGCAGCCAGGCUCUACAAACACCCCAGCAUCUUCAACUCCAUCAAUAUAGUGGUGGUGGGCUUCAUGGUGAUAAGUGAGGCCAACAAGGGACCGAAGGUUUCCAGUAACGCAGCCCUGACUCUGCGCAACUUCUGCUCCUGGCAGAAGAAGUUGAAUAAACACAACGACAAGCACCCUGACUACUGGGACACUGCCAUACUGUUCACCAAACAGGAUCUCUGUGGAGCCACAACCUGCGACACACUGGGGAUGGCUGACGUCGGGACCAUGUGUGACCCGAAGAGGAGCUGCUCUGUCAUCGAGGAUGACGGCCUGCCCUCGGCUUUCACCGCUGCCCACGAACUAGGCCACGUCUUCAACAUGCCCCACGACAACGUGAAGGCAUGUGAGGAGGUGUUCGGGAAACUAAAGGACAACCACAUGAUGUCUCCCACUCUGAUUCAGAUUGACAGGAGCCGACCCUGGUCUGUUUGCAGCGCAGCCAUCAUUACCGAGUUCCUGGACAGAGGUCAUGGCGACUGUCUGCUGGACCAGCCUCAGAGGCAGCUGUCUCUCCCGGACAACCUGCCUGGCUCCAGCUACAGCCUGCACCGCCAGUGUGAGCUCGCCUUCGGUCCCGCCUCCAAACCCUGCCCAUACAUGCAGCCCUGCUCCAAACUGUGGUGCACUGGGAAGGCCAGAGGACAGCUGGUCUGUCAAACCCGACACUUUCCCUGGGCGGAUGGGACCAGCUGUGGCACCGGCAAGGUCUGCUUCAGAGGAGUCUGCACGGAUAAGAACUCCACCAUGCAAACCAAGGUGGAUGGCCGGUGGGGCAAAUGGGGGGGAUUUGGCGAUUGUUCCCGCAGUUGUGGUGGAGGAGUUCAGCUCGCCAAGAGGGAGUGCAACAACCCCGUCCCUGAGAAUGGAGGCAAAUACUGCUACGGCCUUCGCAUCAAAUAUCGCUCCUGUAAUCUCAACUCUUGCUCUGAAACAGGUAAGAGUUUCAGGGAGGAGCAAUGUGAGGCGUUCAACGGCUUAAACCUGAACACCAACAGACUGGGAUCCUCUGUGGUGUGGGUUCCCAAAUAUUCCGGCAUCUCUCCCAAGGACAAAUGCAAGCUCAUCUGCCGUGCUAACGGGACUGGGUACUUCUAUGUCCUUGCUCCUAAGGUGGUGGAUGGGACGCCCUGCUCUCCGGACACCUCGGCCGUAUGUGUUCAGGGAAAAUGCAUCAAGGCCGGCUGCGAUGGCAAGCUGGACUCUAACAAGAAGUCUGACAAGUGUGGCGUGUGUGGCGGGGACAACAAGGCCUGUAAGAAAGUCUCGGGACUGUUCACCAAACCUGUUAAUGGCUACAACUUUGUGGUGGUGCUGCCAGUGGGAGCCUCCAACAUUGACAUCCGUCAGCGCGGCUAUCGAGGAAUGGUCAGCGAUGAAAACUACCUAGCAGUAAAGAAUCAGCAUGGCACGUACCUCCUGAACGGCAACUACGUGGUGUCAGCGGUAGAGCGCGACCUGCUGGUGAAGGGCAGCCUGCUGCGCUACAGCGGCACCUCCACAUCUAUAGAGCUUCUGCGGGCCACCAGGCCCUUGCAGGAGCCCCUGACAGUUGAGGUUCUCUCUGUGGGGAAGAUGACUCCACCCAGGGUGCGCUACUCUUUCCACGUCUCCAAGGAGAGCAAGGAGGAAAAAACCCUGAAGAAGGAGGAGAGAAGCCACAAAACACAUAACAGCGUCCUGAUGGACAGCAACAAAGUAGAAGUUAAGAAGCAAGCAAUGAGUAAGAGGCCAGUUAGUCACUGGGUGACAGGAAAUUGGGAUAUAUGCACAGUGACCUGUGGCAGCGGUUUUCAGAAGAGGCUGGUGCAGUGUCAGAGUGUGGAGGGGCGUCCUGCAGUGGACUGUGACAGCACUGACAGGCCUGUAGCUGUGAGACCAUGUGGGGAUCCGUGCCCCAUGUGGGAUGUAGGUACCUGGUCCCACUGCUCCAAGUCCUGUGGAAGGGGCUUUAAAAGGCGGCCGGUGCACUGCAUAAACGAGAAUGGUAUGAAUCUACCCAGGGACCACUGCUCUGGACGGAGGAAGCCUCAGGAACUGGAUCUCUGCAACCUAAAGCCAUGUUAGAGCAGACCAGGCACAGUCCAUGGAUUGAAUUUUGGAAGUCAACCUGAUGAACCUUGUCCCAAAUCAGCAUGACAAUGAUUGGAUGGCUGAGUUGGGUGCAAAUCCUCCCAACUUCAGUCUAACUGUGUCAUGCAGGGGUGUCUGCUCUACAGUAGAAGACAGGGAGUGCCCUGUCCUCCUGCUCCUGUUUGAAGACAUAGAUCUGUUUACAUAAAAAUAGAGGGAAAGCUGUCUUCUUGUAAAGUGAACUGUCAAACCAACUGUGGCAGGUUUGACUUUUGGUUUGUCUACCUCGACCUUAAACGAUGACACAAUGCCUGUGUAAACUGUAUACAGAUAGUAGCAGAGGAUGCAGAGACAGUGAUCAUUCAAUGCAUAGGAUGAGACAAGAAUGGAUGAAGGCUUGUGACACCCACACUGUGCUGUUAUCAGAAGCAGGUAUCAGUAAAUGGACAUUUCUUUCUCAUUUCACUCAUCACUGAAGUGACCGCUAUGUGAAACACGGUACUGUAUCUGCCACAGUUCAGGCAUAAUUGAUCUGUGCUGUUCUUGCAUCAUUUUUUUAGUUCUUUGAAUCGAUGUCUUGAUUUGGUGCCAUUCACUUCCUCCAUCAGAACUUAUAUCAUUUGGAAAUGAAACACGGUCAACAUGAUAUCCUACGCACUUGAAACAGUCUCUUUCAAUUGGAUCGUUAUCAAAGAAUCCCUGAAUACUAAAGACCAAAUAUCUAAAAACGUAUUUUUUUUCCAUAGGUAAAUUUGUGUAUACAGUGAAUUUAGGCUGUUUAUAUGGUGCAAACGUAAUGUGUUUCUGUCAGUUGUGUGUAAAACAGACAAAUGUUAAGUUGUGUGUUCUGUUGCCAAAGAGCUAUAACCCUCCACAAAGCCUUAGCACUGUGAGAGACGCUUCUCUGUAUGAGCCGCACAGUAGCAGGGCUUCCUCAAAGAAACCUCGCGUACAGUCAGUUGAAAAUUACCUUCCGACUGUCACAACACUCAUUCCCCCUGGAGACUGAAGGCAGCUGUAAACAUUUUUAAACACUUAACUGAACUUAUCAAUUAAUCAGUCAACAGAGAAGGAACAUGAAAGCAGGAACAAGCAAAACACUUUUCUGGUUCAACCUUCUUUCAUUUUAAAGCUUUGUAUUGGAGUCUUUGAUGAACAAAACAAGCAACCUGAAGCUGUCGUGUUGGGGUCUAAACAAAAAGUGACAUUUAUAUUUUUCACUACAUUUUCAAAACAGCAACUGACUAUGAUCAUACUAAUAAUUAUUAUUAUAAUAGCAGCAGAAUACAAAAGGGAAGAGGACAGGACAUAAGAAGCAUUAAAACUGAAUGAGGAAAAAGCAAAAAUAUGUAAAAUCUCUCACAAUAAAUGGAAAUGGAAAUGCAUUAGCUGCUUUAAAAACACAUUACUGGAAAAAUAGCUUUUGAUCAUAUUUCAAAGCAAAGAGUUUUAGCUGUCCUGAUGCUGAGCAGAGGGUUGUUCCAAGAGAUGAAAGAGCUGAAAAAGUUCCACUCUGGGUAAAUUCGACAUUUUACAAAACCUUAAAAACAAAAGACCUUUAAGGAUGAGCCAAAAUAUUAUGACCACUCACAGAUGAAACUCAAAUCUUUGUUAAUCCCAUAACAAUGGUGCAUGUCAGAGUCUGGAAUACAGGAUAUAUGAUGAUAAAUUAAAAGUUAUAUCUUAUAGUCAUUAUGUUGCAUGCAGGAGAAGUGGGCAAGUGUAAAGACCAGAGGGACUUAGACAAAGGCCAAAUUGUUGUGGCCAGAUGACUGGGUCAGAGUAUUCUUCUAGGGUCCAGAGAUCUGUGUCUGAACCCAACAAGACCUGAAAAUGUAACUGAAACCGAACCGAAUCAACAAUUAGUUGAAAGCUGAGACUCUGGCCCAUGAAAAGCAGAAAAAUGUCCGUCCAAAUCCAGCCAGCAGACACAUACCUGAUUGCCACUGGUUGUCAGUUUGUGACUUACUAAACACUAUGACUAAAACAUCAAGAGGAAAGUGGAUGGUGACAUGCCAACUUUCUGCAGUGAGAUGCUAGGUGAAGCCCACAGUAUAUUCAAGGGGCAAAAUGUUUAUUCACCCCAUGAAACACACACCCAGUAAAACUACUGGCAAAAUCUACAAAAAAGUACCACACAGCUAUUGCUGCACUUUCCAUCCUUGCAUUACAGUCUGUUGUUUAAUGUGAUUCUUCUCAUUUAAUUUCAAGUCAUCAUCUUUCCAAUUGUUGGAACUGAGUCAGAGCUGGAACCAUAAUGGCAUCUCUGCCAAGGCCCAACAUAGGAAAAUUAAGUGACACUUCAAUUUGCUGGAGACAGAUUUUUAUUUGGAUCUGCACUUAAUUACAUACUCUGCUAAACAUGCCUGUUUUCUUUGGGCCAAAUUAAUGAAUUAUUUCUCCGCGAAUUCUGUCAAAAUGAGAAAAAGCAAAUAUCCAAUCUCACAAUGUUAAGGAAAUCCCUGGAUCUGCCCCUUUGUCCAGAUCCACACCAACAUUUCAUGGAAAUCCAUUCAGUAAUUUUUACAUAAUCCAACAAACAACGGAGAGGGCUGAAGACAUAACCUCCUUGGUGGAGGUAAAUAUUUGAAGCAUACUUUCCGAACAGAGAACAGAUGAACAGUCUAAAAUAUAUUUGGUAAAAGCUCAUCAGACUUCACAGAAUGAUGGGAGAUAAUGACUAUUACUCAAAGGUGAAACUUGCCUCAAGUCUCUCCAGUCCCUUAACAGAAAACUCAUUUUAUUGUUAAUUUUGUAUCUGUUCUGGUUCAGAGGGACAACUAAACAAACAAAAAGAUGGUUUUGUACAGUUACUUCUUUUAUUCACACCAUGUACAGAUAAUGUUAUCAGUUGUCUUCUGUAUUGUAUACUAUGUAUACAUCCAUCUAGCGGCAUAAAAUAAAAUAUAUGGGAUUAUAACCAUAAACGGAAUCAUGAUUCAUUAUUACACAAAGGCAUUACUACAUUACAGAUAAAUGCUGUGUCUUGAAUGUCUCCCUGUGCGCCUGCAGUAUCUGUUGCAUCAGAUAUGUGCUGAAACUGCUUCCUUCCAUUACAUGUAAUGGGACAGUCUCGAUAUCGCAGCUCUCCUCCAACUGAAGCAUGAGCAAUGAAAAUGCAUUCAUUCAUCCACUUUGGUAUUCUGUUGAAUCAAGCUCUGUUGAACCAGCUGCACUGUAAUAACACACCCAGCUUGGCCAGUGCCUGCCCAGUAAGCCUGACGCAUUGUUGGAUAGAUGUCUUUCGGACUCAGACACCCUCACCCCAA